AUGGCGUAAAGCCUUAACCCCUGCAACACUCCACUCCUGCUCUCCUAGUACCACUGCACCAGUCUAAACACUGUCUUCUCUCCGCACCUUCCCUGCUAAUUUUUCCACUCUACGCUACUACUAUGGUCAAAAGCUGCUAACUUUAGCCGCAACAAUGGUGGUCGAGGACCAUAGCUAUGUUGGCUGGCCGCCCAUUGAGGCUCCUCUCACAGUUCCCAGAGACGAACAUUGGAGCAGCUUCGACAGUUCUGUCAAUGCCGUGUCGUUUGGCUUUGUAGCCACCGCCAUUCUCAUUUCUAUGUUCUUGAUUAUGGCUAUCUUCGAGAGAUUCCUCAGACCCGCCUCGCCGGCGUCGCCGUCUCUUCCUGGUAGCCGGAGCAGAGGGGACAUUGAGUCACAGCCGAUGGGGAAGCUCGGUUUCCCAUCCCCUAAAAUGAGUGUAUAUUCCAGUGGGGUUUCAGUUCUGAUGCCUGGAGAUGAGAUUCCUAGAUUCAUCGCCCACCCGGCUCCAAUGCCAUGUUGCCCUGAACGAGUCCUGUGGCCUUCCCACGAUCAUAAUAAACCGUCAUCUUGUUCCCCUUCCAACCCCAUCUCUAGUAUUAACCAAGUAUGAACCGGAGAAACAAGAAUUGAUGAAGCGUCUCUGAAGACAAAGAAACAAGAAUCGGGACUGUUCUUGAGGUUUUAAUUAUAUUUUCACUCGGAGCAGUGCCUCUUCAUAGCAUGUAAAUAGCACUUGGAGUAGGGAAAACUGGGUUUGACAAUGAGGCUAUCAAGUUGAAAGAUCAAAUUAUG